CGGGCGGAGUCGCCCACCACGGCCAGCCCAGUGCUGGGGGGACCUGCUCCAGGCUGUAGCUGCAGGACCCCACCACCCUCCAUGGCUCCCCUGGCCUUGGUGGGGUUUGCGCUCCUCCUGGGGGCUCCCCCGUGCUCGGGGGCGGCCACCCCGACCCCCUCCCUGCCACCUCCCCCGGCCAACGACAGCGACACCAGCACAGGGGGCUGCCAGGGCUCCAACCGCUGCCAGCCGGGGGUCCUGCUCCCCGUUUGGGAGCCCGACGACCCGUCGCUGGGUGACAAGGCAGCCCGGGCCGUGGUCUACUUUGUGGCCAUGGUCUACAUGUUCCUGGGCGUGUCCAUCAUCGCUGACCGCUUCAUGGCAUCCAUCGAGGUCAUCACGUCGAAGGAAAAGGAGAUCACCAUCACCAAGGCCAACGGCGAGACCAGCGUGGGCACCGUCCGCAUCUGGAACGAGACGGUGUCCAACCUCACGCUCAUGGCCCUGGGCUCCUCGGCGCCCGAGAUCCUCCUGUCAGUCAUCGAGGUCUGCGGCCACAACUUCCAGGCGGGUGAGCUGGGCCCCGGCACCAUCGUGGGCAGCGCGGCCUUCAACAUGUUUGUGGUCAUCGCCGUGUGUAUCUACGUCAUCCCGGCCGGCGAGAGCCGCAAGAUCAAGCACCUGAGGGUCUUCUUUGUCACCGCCUCCUGGAGUAUCUUUGCUUACGUCUGGCUUUAUCUCAUCUUGGCCGUCUUUUCCCCAGGUGUGGUCCAGGUGUGGGAGGCGCUGCUGACCCUCGUGUUCUUCCCGGUGUGCGUGGUGUUCGCCUGGAUGGCCGACAAGCGCCUGCUCUUCUACAAAUACGUGUACAAGCGCUACCGCACCGACCCGCGCAGCGGCAUCAUCAUCGGCGCCGAGGGCGACCCCCCGAAGAGCAUCGAGCUGGACGGCACGUUCGUGGGCGCCGACGCGCCGGGCGAGCUGGGCGGGCUGGGCCCGGGCCCCGCCGAGGCCCGCGAGCUGGACGCCAGCCGCCGCGAGGUCAUCCAGAUCCUCAAGGACCUCAAGCAGAAGCACCCGGACAAGGACCUGGAGCAGCUGGUGGGCAUCGCCAACUACUACGCGCUGCUGCACCAGCAGAAGAGCCGCGCCUUCUACCGCAUCCAGGCCACGCGGCUGAUGACCGGCGCGGGCAACGUGCUGCGGAGACACGCGGCCGACGCGUCGCGCAGGGCCGGCCCGGCCGAGGGCCCCGGCGAGGACGAGGACGACGGCGCCAGCCGCAUCUUCUUCGAGCCCAGCCUCUACCACUGCCUGGAGAACUGCGGCUCGGUGCUGCUGUCCGUCACGUGCCAGGGCGGCGAGGGCAACAGCACCUUCUACGUGGACUACCGCACGGAGGACGGCUCGGCCAAGGCCGGCUCCGACUACGAGUACAGCGAGGGCACGCUGGUGUUCAAGCCGGGCGAGACGCAGAAGGAGCUGCGCAUCGGCAUCAUCGACGACGACAUCUUCGAGGAGGACGAGCACUUCUUCGUGCGGCUGCUGAACCUGCGCGUGGGCGACGCGCAGGGCAUGUUCGAGCCCGACGGCGGCGGGCGGCCCAAGGGGCGGCUGGUGGCGCCGCUGCUGGCCACGGUCACCAUCCUGGACGACGACCACGCGGGCAUCUUCUCCUUCCAGGACCGCCUGCUGCACGUGAGCGAGUGCAUGGGCACCGUGGACGUGCGCGUCGUGCGCAGCUCGGGGGCGCGCGGCACCGUGCGUCUGCCCUACCGCACGGUGGACGGCACGGCGCGCGGCGGCGGCGUGCACUACGAGGACGCGUGCGGCGAGCUCGAGUUCGGCGACGACGAGACCAUGAAAACUCUGCAGGUGAAGAUAGUUGAUGAUGAGGAAUAUGAGAAGAAGGAUAACUUCUUCAUCGAGCUGGGCCAGCCGCAGUGGCUGAAGCGAGGGAUUUCAGCUCUGCUGCUCAAUCAGGGGGACGGGGACAGGAAGCUGUCGGCCGAGGAGGAGGAGGCGCGGAGGAUAGCGGAAAUGGGCAAGCCGGUUCUCGGGGAAAACUGCCGGCUGGAGGUCAUCAUCGAGGAGUCGUAUGACUUCAAGAACACAGUGGACAAACUCAUCAAGAAAACCAACCUGGCCUUGGUGAUUGGGACCCACUCGUGGAGGGAGCAGUUUUUAGAGGCAAUUACGGUGAGCGCAGGGGACGAGGAGGAGGAGGAGGACGGGUCCCGGGAGGAGCGGCUGCCGUCCUGCUUUGACUACGUCAUGCACUUCCUGACGGUGUUCUGGAAGGUGCUGUUCGCCUGCGUGCCCCCCACCGAGUACUGCCACGGCUGGGCCUGCUUCGGCGUCUGCAUCCUGGUCAUUGGCCUGCUCACCGCCCUCAUUGGGGACCUCGCCUCCCACUUCGGCUGCACCGUUGGCCUCAAGGAUUCCGUCAAUGCCGUCGUCUUCGUGGCCCUGGGCACCUCCAUCCCCGACACGUUCGCCAGCAAGGUGGCGGCGCUGCAGGACCAGUGCGCGGACGCGUCCAUCGGCAACGUGACGGGCUCGAACGCGGUGAACGUGUUCCUGGGGCUCGGCGUGGCCUGGUCGGUGGCCGCCGUGUACUGGGCGGUGCAGGGCCGCCCCUUCGAGGUGCGCACCGGCACGCUGGCCUUCUCCGUCACGCUCUUCACCGUCUUCGCCUUCGUGGGCAUCGCCGUGCUGCUCUACCGGCGCCGGCCGCACAUCGGCGGCGAGCUGGGCGGCCCGCGCGGCCCCAAGCUCGCCACCACCGCGCUCUUCCUGGGCCUCUGGUUCCUCUAUAUUCUCUUCGCCAGCCUCGAGGCUUACUGCCACAUCCGGGGCUUCUAGGGCCGCCCCCUGGAGACCGCUGCACCUGCUGCCCACCCGCCCGCCUCCAGUGGCCUCCAGAGUCAGCCUCCU